AAAAUUGUAUAUUUAUUCUAGUACAACUGACUCAACAAUAGAAGAAAGGUUAUGAGAUGGAGUCGAGAAUACCCUAUUUUGUCAUCGGGCUUCUAAUUGUCAUCAUCUGUGUUCUUCUGGCCAUCAUCUUUAGACUGAAAUUCCUCCUCAAAAGAAGACAUGGUGUGAAGAAAAAAGAAAGCACAGAAUCCAUGGCCAUGAGAGAAGAAUUACUAGAUGAACCAGAGGAGGAAAUUUCAAAAGAAAAUUUAAAGUGGCAGAGUUUUAGAUCAGAUAAUAUUCAUGGAAGUAGCGAUUUUGGAUCUUCGUCUUUAAGAUUUAGGAGCAACACUAUGAACACAGAAUCGACAAAGAAAGAAGUUGAAUCAAGUUCAGACAGCAAUACAAAGAAUCAAAAAGAAGAAAUAAUCUAUGCAAGAGCCCAAGCUUGUAUUCAAGAGAAAAUAGACAGAGAAGACGAAAAGGAAAUGCAGGAAGAACUAACAGAUUUGCAUUCCAGUAGUGACUUCCGAAAUAUCAGCAGUUACGACUGUCUUCAGGAAGAUAUAUACGAACUAUAUAAAUCUAUGGAGAUAUUAAUUCAACGACCAGGCUUUGGACAGCAUAUAAAACCCGAUUUGCGGAAAUUUAAAGAUAUACAUAAACAGUUAGAUUUUAGAAAGAAGGAUCUUAUGAUGACGGAUUGUGCUAUUGUGGUAGCAGGAGAAACAGGCUCUGGAAAAUCAACCAUAAUAAAUCUAAUACUCGGCGAAGAUAUUUUACCAUCUCAUAUCAAGGCAACGACAACAAGAGUGUGUAGAAUAAGAUACUCAGAAAAAAGAAAAGUAUCAACGCUAGAUAAAGACGGGAAAGUGUUAACUAUGUCAGAAUUUAAGGAUGAAGAAGACAUGAGUGAGAUGCUGGAAGAUAUAGCUAACACAUAUGACCAUCGAAUAGAAUAUAUAGAUAUUUGUUUUCCGGUACCGCUAUUGAAGGGUAACAUUAUAAUAGUUGAUACCCCUGGAAAGGGAGACUCAGGACAAGAUGAUGUGGCGUCAAAGAUGAUAGAUUAUCUACCAAAUGCAGUGGCUUUUAUAUUUGUUGUAAGCGUUGCUUCAGCAGGUGGAUUUCAAGAUGAUAGGCUUUCACAUAUUAUUAAGCAUGUGAGGCAAUCGAUGAGUCAAAUGUACUCUUUCGAUCCUCAAGAUGCAAUUUUUCUGCUCAACAAGUGGGAUUCAAUUAUUCCAACAAAAAAAAGGCGAAAGAAAGACCUUUACGAAGAACUCAGAGAAACAGUUCAUGAAAUGUGGGAGGAUGUGAAAGAUACAAAUAUUCUUAAAUUCGCCGCAGCUAAGGUUUAUGAAGAAGAAGCCUACACUGCGGAAUUCGAAUUAUUUUAUCAGAUUCUCAAAGACGUCAUAACCAAAAAUGAAUUCAAAAGAGUUAUAGUUCAUUUGAGAUACAUAGAAUCCUUUGUUGAUGCCUGUGAUAUAAGUCUUUCCAGCAAGCUUAAAUGUGCAAGACAAAAUACAGAUGAUACAAACAAGUAUCUGGAUCAGCUUUGUAGAGAUCUGCAAGUCAUCGAAGCUAAAAGAACGGAGGCAAACUCAAAUCUCCAUUACAGAAUUGAAACUUUUCUGAUUGAAACUGCAGAGGAUCUUUACCAGUAUAUUCAAAGUAAAGACUUAGAAAGUAUUGUUCUACAAGGAACGGAGAAAUAUACGCGCUUUACGAUUGGUAGAGAACUGGAC